GCAGGCUGCGCCAGAGCUAAUUGGAUCGGUUCCCAGGCCUGCGGAUGAUUACGAACGAGACGCUCUGCAGCCGUUUGUCGCGACAGUGCUUGAGGCAGCCCGUGAUACUUAGAGUCCCCGAGCCCCACGCCUGAGGGCGAGAUGAACGCGCUGGCCUUCCGAGCCGUCCGAACCGUCCGAACCUGCGAUCGCUUCUGGCAGCCCGAGCCGGCGCUCCUGCCUCCUGGGUGACACUGACGCUCCUAGCCGAUGGCUCCAGGCCAAGUACCCCAUCACAGCACACCCUGGAGGGAAGCCCACUACUCCUACCUCCUGUCCCCACUGAUGGGCUUCCUCAGCCGGGCCUGGAGCCGGCUGAGGGGCCCAGGACCUUCAGAGCCCUGGCUGGUAGAAGCAGUGACAGGAGAAAAUCUGGUAGAAGGUGGCCUGCAGGGAGAAGUGAAGGCUUCUUUGGCCAUCUCCCAUGGUCCCUGGGCCAGGCCUCCUCAAGGGGAAGCUGAAGACAGUGGAGUACCUCAAGAGAAUGGAGAAGCAGACCUGGAGUCCUGCCUUGACCUGAAGCCCAGUAAUUCCCCUCCUGAAGCUUGGGGACUUUUAGGCAGUGAAGAAAAUAGUGAGAAAGAUGCAAGCAGUGUCCCCAGAGAGCAGGGAAUAGAAAUUACAGAUGGCCAGCCCCUGUCCCACAGCCUGCAGAUAAGAGCCCUGCAAGGUUCUGAUAAGAGUCCUGGGGAGGAGAAAGCUGAAGAGGAGGGAGUGACCAAGUUCUCUUAUCCUUCAUCACACUGGGAGUGGAGCGAUGUCAAGAAAGAAGCUCCUGCUGCCUCCACUUUCCCUGAGUCUUCAGGAUCCCAACUUGGCACUUGUGUGUACUGCCCAGAGGAGAAAGAGAAUCAAGCCACGGAGGAAAAAGGAACAGAAAACGAAGCCAGGAAGACCUCCGUUUCCCCCUCAUUGGCAGGCUCCAGCUCCAGGGCUUGGGGAUAUUGUCCAGGCGAGAGGCCUAGGGAGAAGGGCAGGAAGGCCUGUGGAGCCCCUGGGAAAGAAGCUGACCCAGAGCCAUGGUCCUCGGUUCCAGCCCAGAGGCACCUGCUUGGGGCUUUGGAGAAUCAACCAAGUAAGAACGGAAAGGAAGAGGAGGACGACAGUGCUUUAGGGGCAACUGAGAAGGGAGGAGCCAAGGGUCCUUCUUCCAUUUCCUCUACAAGUGCCUCCGGGAGGGUCUGGGUGUGUCAGCCAGGGGAGAAUGCCGAGGACCAGAAGAGUGACCUCGGAUCAGCUGAGGAGGAAGGAGAAAGUGAGGCUUCCUCUCCCACCCUCCCUACAAGUGCCCUCCUGAAGGCCUGGGUGUAUCGUCCUGACUGUGGAGCAGCUGCCUGGGGCCAGCACCCCUCCCUUCAGGCCCAGAGUGCCCACCUCAGGGGCUGGCUAUAUCAACCAGGAAAGGAGACAGAGGAAGAGGAAGCUGAAGGGAAAUGGGGAGACUCUGAGACCAGCCCCUUCAGAGUGGCCUUCUACCUACCUGGAGAGAAACCACCACCUCCCUGGACUGCUCCUAAGCUGCCCCUCAGACUACAAAGACGACUCAGGUUGUCACAGACCCUCACCCAGGAUCCAGACCCUGAAACUCCCCCAAAAUCCAGAAAGGUGCGCUUCUCUGAGAAGGUCACCGUGCAUUUCCUGGCUGUCUGGGCAGGCCCGGCCCAGGCUGCCCGCCGGGGCCCCUGGGAACAGUUCGCUCGGGAUCGGAGUCGCUUUGCCCGCCGCAUCGCCCAGGCCCAGGAAAAGCUAGGUCCCUGCCUUACCCCUGCCUCCCGGGCAAGAGCCUGGGCACGCCUUGGGAAUGCACCCAGUUCUCUUACCCCCUUACCUGCCUCUACCCAGACCUUAUUUUUCCCCUUGAUCUCCUCGGAGGCUCCGGCUCAGGCCACGCCCUUGAGUCAGGCUAUGGCCACACCCCCUCAUACCCCUUCUUUGGAAGCACCAGCUCUUAGCCUGAAUCUCACUGGGAGGCGUGGCUAAGACCAAAUGGUUGCAUGUUAUUUAUUAACUUUUUUAAAGUGUUGGUUUAUUUAAGGAAUAAAGCUUUUUGAUUUGUAGUGAG